CAAGCCAAGCCAAAGUGCCAAUUCUCUCUCUCCGCCUUCUUUGACUGAGUCAACCCAACUCAACUCAUUUGUAACUCAGUCCACCUCACAAACGCCUCAUUUAUUCUCUUCCUUUUUUGCACUAUUCAAAAAUUAAUCCCACCACCAAAGAUCAUCGAACCUUUUUGAACUUAACUCAUCCCUAAUUUCGCUCAGAUUAUCCUGAUCUGAUUGAUGUUCGGAUAUUUCAUUUUCUCCGGAGAAUAAACCCUAGAACUUGGAGUUCGGCCAUGCUGUGUAGGGUUUUUAUCUAGUCUAGUGGCUUUUUGUGUAGUGCAUACCGAGAGUUCAAAGAGCUAGAUUUUUUCAAGAUGAUGAUAUCAAGGGGGUUGUUUGGGUGGUCUCCACCCCAUAUACAGCCUCUGACGCCGGUCUCGGAGGUUUCCGAGCCGCCUGAGUCGCCGUCCCCGUACUUGGAGAAUAGUGGCGAUGCUGGGCCGGUCGAGGUCGAGGAAGAGAUCGACGCCGAGGCUGAAGAGAUCGAGCCUCCGCCCGCUGCUGUGCCGUUCUCACGGCUGUUUGCUUGUGCUGACCGGCUCGAUUGGGUUCUUAUGUUCUUCGGAUCACUUGCGGCAGCUGCCCAUGGCACUGCUCUGGUGGUUUACUUGCAUUACUUCGCCAAGAUUAUUCAGUUACUACGGCAUGGCUCGGAGCCAGCUGAUGCGUUGUUUCAUAAGUUCACUGAGCUUGCUUUAACAAUUGUUUAUAUUGCUGUGGGAGUUUUUGUUGCUGGUUGGAUUGAGGUAUCAUGUUGGAUUCUUACUGGAGAAAGGCAAACUGCUGUAAUUAGGUCCAAAUAUGUGCAAGUAUUACUCAACCAAGAUAUGAGUUUUUUUGAUACCUAUGGCAACAAUGGGGAUAUUGUGAGCCAAGUAUUGAGUGAUGUGCUGCUUAUUCAGUCUGCUCUAAGUGAAAAGGUUGGAAACUAUAUUCAUAACAUGGCUACCUUCUUCAGUGGUCUCGCGAUUGGGUUUGCCAACUGUUGGCAGAUUGCUCUCAUUACAUUGGGUACUGGCCCCUUCAUUGUCGCAGCAGGAGGUAUAUCAAAUAUUUUUCUUCAUAGACUUGCAGAGAACAUCCAAGAUGCAUAUGCCGAAGCAGCAAGUAUUGCUGAACAAGCGGUCUCUUAUAUUCGAACUUUGUAUGCGUUCACAAACGAAACAUUGGCUAAAUACUCUUAUGCGACUUCAUUGCAAGCAACACUAAGAUAUGGUAUAUUGAUAAGUCUUGUGCAAGGACUUGGACUAGGUUUCACAUAUGGGCUUGCAAUUUGUUCUUGUGCCUUGCAACUAUGGGUGGGAAGGUUCCUAGUUUCUCGUGGAAAAGCUCAUGGUGGUCAAAUAAUUACAGCUCUUUUUGCGGUCAUUUUGAGUGGCCUUGGCUUGAAUCAGGCUGCAACGAACUUCUACUCUUUUGAGCAAGGGAGAAUUGCUGCUUAUAGGCUUUAUGAGAUGAUAAGCCGGUCAUCCUCCACUGCCAAUCAUGAUGGAACCACACUUGCUUCUGUACAAGGAAACAUUGAGUUUCGGAACGUAUAUUUUAGUUAUCUUUCCCGUCCUGAAAUUCCAAUCUUAAGUGGUUUUUACCUUACAGUACCUGCUAAAAAGGCCGUGGCACUUGUUGGUAGGAAUGGUUCCGGAAAAAGCAGUAUCAUACCUCUUAUGGAACGGUUUUAUGAUCCUACAUUAGGAGAAGUUCUUUUGGAUGGUGAAAACAUAAAAAAUCUGAAGCUGGAGUGGCUGAGAAGCCAAAUUGGUUUAGUCACACAGGAACCUGCUUUGUUAAGCUUGAGUAUCAACGAGAACAUUGCUUAUGGGCGGGAUGCUUCUCCAGAUCAGAUUGAAGAAGCUGCUAAAAUAGCACAUGCACAUACAUUUAUCAGCUCAUUGGAACGAGGCUAUGAGACUCAGGUAGGCAGGGCUGGUCUGGCAUUGACAGAAGAACAAAAAAUAAAGCUUUCUAUUGCUCGGGCAGUGCUUUCAAAUCCUUCUAUUCUUCUUCUUGAUGAAGUCACUGGUGGACUUGAUUUUGAGGCUGAAAAAUCUGUUCAGGAGGCUCUUGAUCUCCUCAUGUUGGGUAGAUCAACAAUAAUAAUCGCUAGACGGCUUAGCUUGAUCAAGAAUGCUGAUUAUAUUGCUGUGAUGGAAGAAGGCCAAUUAGUUGAAAUGGGUACACAUGAUGAGUUAAUAAACCUGGAUGGGCUAUAUGCUGAGCUUCUUAGAUGUGAAGAAGCUGCAAAGCUCCCACGGAGGAUGCCAAUGAGGAAUUAUAAGGAGACUGGUACUUUCCAAAUUGAAAAGGAUUCUUCGGCAGGUCAUGGCUUUCAAGAACCAUCAUCUCCUAAAAUGAUGAAAUCACCUUCUCUUCAGAGGGCUGGUCUCCAUGCAUUCCGCACUGCAGAUGUUACGUUGAGUUCACAAGAGUCUCCCCGGGUUUGUAGUCCCCCUCCAGAGCAAGUGGCUGAAAAUGGUGUACCAGUGGAUGUGAUGGAUAAAGAACCAUCAAUAAAAAGGCAAGAUAGUUUUGAAAUGAGACUUCCAGAGCUGCCCAAGAUUGAAGUUCAGUCAGCACAUCGACAAACAUUGAACUCCUCGGAUCCUGAAUCCCCUGUCUCCCCAUUAUUGACAUCUGAUCCAAAAAACGAACGCUCUCACUCACAGACUUUUAGUCGUCCUCACAGCGAAUUUGGUGAUAUUCCUAUUAAAAGAAAAGAAUCAAGGGAUUCACGACAUCGAGAAGCGCCUUCAUUUUGGAGGCUUGUGGAGCUUAGCCUGGCAGAGUGGCUUUAUGCUGUUUUAGGGAGCACGGGUGCUGCCAUUUUUGGCUCAUUCAAUCCUCUUCUCGCUUAUGUUAUUGCUCUAAUAGUAACAGCAUACUAUCGGGAUGAAAAACACCACUUGCGUCAAGAAGUGGACAAAUGGUGCAUAGUCAUUGCCUGCAUGGGCUUUGUGACUGUCGUUGCCAAUUUUUUGCAGCACUUCUACUUUGGCAUAAUGGGGGAGAAGAUGACCGAACGUGUCCGGAGAAUGAUGUUUUCAGCGAUGCUUCGCAAUGAAGUUGGAUGGUUUGAUGAAGAGGAGAACAGUGCUGAUAAUUUAUCAAUGCGGUUGGCAAAUGACGCUACAUUUGUAAGAGCUGCUUUUAGCAAUAGACUGUCCAUAUUCAUACAGGACAGUGCAGCCGUUAUUGUGGCUGUUCUCAUUGGGUUGCUAUUGCAGUGGCGGUUGGCACUUGUGGCUUUAGCUACUCUACCCGUCCUCAUGGUUUCUGCAGUCGCUCAGAAAUUGUGGCUUGCUGGAUUUUCAAAGGGUAUUCAGGAGAUGCAUAGAAAGGCAUCAUUGGUUCUCGAGGAUGCGGUUAGAAAUAUUUACACUGUUGUAGCAUUCUGUGCUGGUAACAAGGUGAUGGAGCUCUAUCGGUUGCAACUGCGAAAGAUUUUUACAAAAAGCUUCUUCCAGGGAAUGGCAAUUGGAUGUGCAUUUGGCUUUUCACAGUUUCUUCUUUUUGCUUGCAAUGCUGUCCUCCUAUGGUACACUGCCCUUUCUAUCAAGAAUCACUACAUGACUCUGGGCACAGCACUGAAGGAGUACAUGGUUUUCUCCUUUGCAACUUUUGCUCUUGUUGAGCCUUUUGGCUUGGCUCCCUAUAUUUUGAAAAGAAGGAAAUCCCUUGCCUCAGUAUUUGAAAUCAUUGAUCGAGUUCCUAAGAUUGAUCCUGAUGAUAACUCAGCAAUGAAACCUCCCAAUGUUUAUGGAAGCAUUGAGCUGAAAAAUGUCGAUUUUUCUUACCCAUCUCGACCAGAAGUGUUAGUUCUGAGCAAUUUCAGUCUCAAAGUCAAUGGAGGACAAACUGUGGCAGUGGUGGGGGUUUCAGGGUCUGGUAAGAGCACUAUUAUAUCCUUGAUACAAAGGUUCUAUGAUCCGGUUGCUGGACAGGUACUGUUGGAUGGCAGAGAUUUGAAAUCAUAUAAUUUGAGAUGGUUGAGGAACCACUUGGGUCUUGUCCAACAGGAGCCUAUUAUCUUCUCAACUACAAUAAGAGAGAACAUAAUAUAUGCAAGGCACAACGCGAGUGAAGCUGAGAUGAAAGAGGCAGCAAGAAUAGCCAAUGCACAUCAUUUCAUUAGUAGCUUGCCUCAUGGUUAUGACACCCAUGUUGGAAUGAGAGGUGUAGAUCUGACCCCAGGGCAAAAACAAAGAAUUGCAAUUGCUCGGGUCGUAUUAAAGAAUGCUCCAAUAUUGUUAUUGGAUGAAGCAAGCUCAGCCAUUGAAUCUGAGUCUAGCCGAGUGGUGCAGGAGGCUCUUGAUACUCUGAUCAUGGGAAAUAAAACAACUAUCUUGAUUGCUCACCGAGCUGCCAUGAUGAGGCAUGUUGACAACAUUGUUGUACUGAAUGGAGGGAGAAUAGUUGAGGAAGGUACGCAUGAUUCGUUAAUGGCUAAAAAUGGUUUGUACGUGCGCUUGAUGCAGCCUCACUUUGGGAAGGGCGUGCGCCAGCAUAGACUUGUUUAGAUGGUGUCCAUACAGGUUAAUCAAAACAUGUGUACUUUGCUGCAUUGCCCUCAUUGGGUCAGCUCAAUUUUGAAAUUUCUGGGCCUAUUGGUUGGUGGCUUUCUGGACUAAGACAAUCAAAUGGUACCUAUGAUUUCUGUCAAACGGUGCCAUGUUGACAUGAUUAUGGUGAUUGGUGAUGCAUUUUAGGGAUGUAUGGUUGGGGAGGACAGUUUGUAGCUUUUGGCAAGUCUGUGAAGGUAGGCUUCGAGGAUUAGAUUACAUAUUCUUUGGGAGGCAGUAGUCACUUGGAAUUGUGCUAGUCUCCACGACAAAUUUCAUUUGUUACUUGCAACAGAGUGGAAUGAGGUAGUUGUAGUCUUUGUUCAGGCAGUUAAAUCAUUUUUUUUACCUUGUGUGUUUGUGUGGUGAGUUUCUUUUCUUUCGCUUCCAGCUCCUCUCCCCCAUAAUUGACAACUUCUGCUGUAAAAUUUUCUUCCUGUAGCUUAAUUAUAGAAGGUAAAAUAUAUAGAUGUCAGAUGUAACCUUCUUCUGUACAUAAAGAGAAUAGAAAAUUUCAGUUGAUCCGUUUAGCUUGCGUUAUUACUCA